UGUGUGAAUUGCGCGCUUAUCCAGCCAGCGAAUUCAGUCGCUGAGUGGCUUUGGUCCGAAUCGGUCGCGUUUUUUUUCUGAGGGGGUUUCUUCGGAUGCGCCUCAAGCCGUUUCUUCCGGACUUCUCUUCUGUAAUAUAUAUUUCACGCGUAUGCGCAGUUCCCUUGUUGUGAAUAUAAGAACCUUUUCUAGUUUCAUUUUGGUGUCCGUUCGAAUCGUGUCGAGUCGAAUUGUCGGUCCGUGGGUGAAUCAGACGUGUAGUUUUUUUUAUACAUCUUUUUGUGUAUCUGCUUUAUUUACUCGAAGAAAGUUUGCUGCAGCCGAUCCCGAUUUUAGUGUGUUUAGUGUUUGUAUUUUGCUCAUUUUAACCGGGCCAUGAUACUGGAGUGAUAUCGUUUCUUUCUGGCCCGCGCGCAACCAAAAGUGAUUCGUUUAUGUGACCGAACAUGCUAAAUGGAUAAUUUACAAUUUUUAUUGCCACUUUUGUGUGUGCCCAACUCAGUCAGUAGCAGAUAGAAGGUGUUCUCAAACAAAGACCCCAGUCAGAGGGUAAACAACAUACGAACCGCUCAAAUCAAACAAGGUGAUUAAGCACGCGACCGGGCGCACGGGGCGGCGCUUUUGGCUCUCAAUGAAAGGAGCUGUUUAACUAAGCCGCGGAACUAACUAGGUCGGAACCAGAAGCCGGACGUUUCGGUCCGUCGCAAUCUCAGUAGUGUUUCAACAGAAAGCCACUUUCACCAACAUCUCUCAGAAUAGCUCUCGAAAAUGCCCCCAACUGAGGCAACGGUUCCGUUGACGGAAAAUGGGCGGUCCAAAAAACCGAGCCCCAGAAUCGUUGCCGGAAGUGACGAAAACCAUCACAAUGGGACCAACGGAGACCACAACCAUCGGAAACCUUCAAUGAAUGGCGGUGAGACGAAUGGCAUCGGAGGGCAACCGGACGAAACGAGUGAACCUCCUAAGCUUGGUUGUUUGGGCCGAUUGUCCUACAAUGUGUCCCUCGCCAUCGGACAUUUUUUCUAUAGAUUGGGUCGGCACAUCGCAAACCAUCCGUGGCACACUAUCAUCCUGUGCUGGCUGUGUGUAGCGCUCUGCAGUUUGGGUUUUAUCCGGUUCCACAAGGAAAAAAGUCCAAUGAAGCUGUGGAUUCCACAAAACUCCAAAUUCCUGCACGACACCAACUGGAUGAUCGAACACUUCAAAGAGGGGAACCGAAUCGAAACGGUGAUGUUGACGGCACCAGACGUGCUAACGCCGGAAGUUUUACUGAGGCUUGCCGACAUAACCGAUAACAUUUCUGCGAUAACAAUCACAGACAGUCAUGGCGAAGAAGCCGGCUGGAAGGAUGUCUGUUUUAAGGUACCACUAAUCGCGGAAUACACCUCCAAAGAUCGCCGCCGAAGGGAAACGGAAGUUAGUGGUGGGGGUAGCACCAAACGACCUAAGAAACCGAAACCGUUUUUCAAUCCCAGUGUAUCGCUACCGUCCUUUAUGUACUGCCCGAUCAUUAACAAGCUACCUAUCGGUUGUAUGGAGAAUAGUAUUCUGGAGCUGUGGAAGUACGAUCGCCGGGUUAUUGCAAACCUGACGAAGGAGCAGAUCGUCGAUAAGCUGAACUCGACCAAGAUCAGUCCGGUUACGGGACACACAGUGGACUACUCUGAUUUGUUGGGCGGUGUUCAGCGGGAUUGGCAGGGCCGAAUCGUGAGCGCCAAGUCCAUUAUAUCUAAUUGGAUGAUCCACGUGAACUAUUCGGAGGUGGAUUCUGAUGUGAGUGGUAAUGCGGCUGGGACCGAGGAUUGGGUUACGGAGAAGGCUAUGCUGUGGGAAGGACUUUUCCUAGAGAAAUUGCAUCAGAUUCAUGAAAACUACAGUGAAGGCGAAGUCGAUCUGUAUUAUGCGGCUGGACGCAGUUAUGGCGAUAUAAGUGCUGACUCGAUGUUCAAGGACAUGGAUAAACUGGUCAUUGGGGGCGUUAUCAUGUUCAUCUACAUGCAGUUGGUGUUGUCGAAGUUCAGCUGGACUGAGUUCAGGAUUAUCUUGGGAUCAGUUGGUCUUCUCAGCGUAGGAAUGGGCUUUAUCGCUGGUUGUGGUAUUGUGGCUCUCAUCGGAGUAUCUUACGGUCCGGUUCAUACUUCACUACCCUUCCUACUCAUGGGUCUGGGAGUAGACGAUAUGUUUGUGAUGAUGGCCUGCUACCGGAAGAUUCAUAAAUCUCACUCGUCUCUCCCGCUAGCCGAGCGAAUGGGGCUUAUGUUAAAGCAUGCCGGUGCCUCGAUAACCGUAACCUCACUGACUGACAUCGUGGCCUUCGCCGUCGGAUCGAUAACCGUGCUGCCAUCGCUACAAUCUUUCUGCAUCUACGCUGCCUUCGGGGUUCUGAUGAUGUACCUUUUCGUGAUAACAUUCUUCGUAGCAAUCUUCACCCUGGACGAACAGCGUAUUAGUGCUAGGAGGAAUUCGUUUGUACCCUGGAAGAUACAUGAUGAAAAGUCUACUCAGUUGUGGUGUGAAUACAAUCUGAUGCAUCGAUUCCUCAAAGCUCUCUAUUCGAAGGUGAUCCUCUCAAAGUUAGGUAAAACCGUGGUUAUUCUUGGGGUUAUGACCAUGACCGGUUUCAACAUUCAGAGCUUGCUCAAGCUUCGACAAAAGUUUGACCCUAAUUGGUUCAUUCCGGAGGAAACCUACUACAACAAGUUUGUGAUGACAGUUAGGGAACAGUAUCCGAAUAGUGGCUACGAGGCAAUGAUCCUCUUUGGAAACUACAACUACACAGCGGAGUUGAAGAACUUUUUACACAUUUCGCACGAGCUUGAAAAUCGUACCGAUAUAUUACAUAGUGUCAGUUCCUGGGUAAUUCCUUUCCAGGAUUUCGUCGAGGUUAACUAUGACAAAGACAUCGGUGAAGUAACUCUUCCGGAAUCGGAGUUCCACGAGUACCUUUCGAAGUUCCUGUUCAGUCACGAGGGAGGACGCUAUCAAAUGAACUUCAAAUUCGAAUCCAAGCUGCAGUGUGGCAAACCGGCCCCGAAUAUCACCGUCACCACGAUUGAUUUCAAGUUUCGACCGUUCAAGGAACGUGAAGAAUACAUACCGGCCAAAUACGCUGUCGAGGACAUUCUGGAGCGAACGCAGUUCACUCAGGGGACCCACUUCAAUACACUGUGGGCCAAAAUCUUCGGCAACUGGGUCACGGACGAGAUUAUCGAUACAGAAAUCUAUCGAAACAUAGCGCUGGCCAUGAUCGGUGUAAUGUUCUGUUCCGCGGUGCUGAUUGUUAAUCCUCAGAUUUGCUUCUGGAUAUUCAUAUGUGUGCUACUAACGCUGGUCAACGUUGGAGGAUUGAUGCAACGAUGGGGUCUUACGUUGGAUCUGGUAUCCUGUAUCGCACUGCAGCUCGCUGUCGGCCUCUGUGUAGAUUACGCUGCCCAUAUCGGUCACACGUUCCUUACAAUUAGUCAUGGUAAUCGCAACCGGAGGGCAUUGGAAACAGUUCUACACAUCGGUGCUGCCGUUCUGUACGGCGGAGGUUCAACCAUCCUGGCACUCAGCGUCCUAUCAGGAUCGCAAGCUUACACGUAUCGAACCUUUUUCAAAAUAUUUUUGCUUGUUAUUCUGCUGGGACUAUUCCACGGUUUGGUACUGCUCCCGGUAAUUCUGAGUCUCAUUGGACCUCCACCGUACAGUGGAUUCAUCGACGGAACCGAGAAGCUACCGGAAGAACUGGAAAAGGAAAUGCUACCAAUACCGGAAAAUCAAAAACGAAACGGUAAAACCAACGGAAAUUUAGCUCACAGCGAGGACGAAAAGCUACCGAUGAAGGUUGAUGAAGUGCCUUAAAAAUAGACAGUUUUAAAAAGCUGCAGCUUCUAAAAAAGGUUCCAUGACUUAUCCUAACACUCCUAGAGCUAGAGCCGGAUGUGCUUUGGCGCGUCGUUCAAGUGCACUUGACUCAUGCACAAAGUAAGGCAAAAAUUUUAUUGUAUCUGAUGCGCAAUUUUUUUUUAUAUAUAAAUGUGUCUGUUGUAUUAUAACACCUGCAAAUGGGGAAAGGAUUUUCGCGCUAUGAAAAACCUUUCGAAAUGAUUGUGAUUUUACAAAUUAAGUCUUAAAGUAUUAAACCUCUGUUCUGGUAACAAGUCAGUAAUGUUAGGUAUUCUAAAUAAAUGACAUAAUGAAGUUUGAA